AUGGAUCACCAUGCCAAAAUCAAUUGGGAUCUAACAACCGAUACCACCAACACCACCCCCUCAUCUUCAUCUUCAUCCAAUCAUAUGAGCGAUUCAACUAUGCCUUCAUCAUCAUCAGCGAACGAUCCAUUCUCUGACUGCCAACGAACGCGUGUAUUAGAAAGAAACCGUGCAGCAGCCGCUCGAUGUCGCCAACGUAAAAAGCAAUGGAUAGAAGAUCUAAAGACGCGACAUGAGGAGCUCAAAGACCGAAAUCAAUGCUUGUAUCAAACAAGGACCCACUUACAAAACCAAGUCUUUAAAUUGAAAAAUGAACUUUUGCUCCAUGAAGGAUGCGAUUGUCAAGCCAUUCAAAGCUUUAUUCAAACGUCUCUUAUGAAAGACGCUUUAGAGCAAACCAACAAUACCACCAUUCCUAAUGAAUUCCCUCAGCAAACUCAGCAUCCAACAUUUCAAUAG